AGAGACAGCAGGGAGAGCGCGGAAAGAUCAGGGAGAGCGGAGGGAGAUCAAGGGAGGGAGCAGCGGGGAGCAGGGAAGGGCGCAUCUCGAUUUCCGAUCUCAGGGCGAUGAUGACGGAGCGGUCUCUGCCGUGCCGUCUGCGGCUGCGCUCUGGAUGCGGGGAGCCGUGAGAGGAGCCAGGGGCCGCCCUGCCGACAACAGCUGCCCGAGGAGCGGGGGGCCAGCGACGGGGGGCCAGCGACGGCCCUUUGGGGCUCUGCACCUCCUGUCAGCUCGGCUUGCCGUGAUCGCCGGACAACGAAGCUCAGGUCUCGGAUAAAACCGAACAGAGCUCUCAGAGGAAUCGGUGCCCACUCCCACCACCACCACCUCUUCCAUGUGACAGGGCCGUGGUCGCCGAUGCAGGUUUAAUGACGCGACCGUCGGAUGGCAGAACAUCGCUGUGAACACCACCGCUCCCAUCGCUCGCACGGUGGCUCCAUCUCCAUCACCUGACUCCCAUCGCCACCGGCACGCCGCCGCAGCCACCUCGCCUGACUACCGCACCGUAACGGCGACUCCGCAGGAAGCGGCCAACUGCCGUCGUCGCUGGCAUCACCGUGACGCUGGAGUGUCGACAUUGUUCGGCCGAAAAACAUGAAGACAAACUCGGCACACAUCACCUGAGCACGACGGAUCAAAUCGGCCCAAUCGGCCUGGGUCACUCUCUCAACUCCACACUCACCUCUCAGUCACCCCGACACUCGCCACCAUCCCCACUGCCUCCCUCGCUCAAGCUGAUGCGUACCCAAGAGAAGUGAACGGCACCGUCCACCACCUCCCCGACAUCAUCGCGACCGCUCGCACCCCUUCACGACCGCCCUCGCUCACUCGCGCUCGGUCUUCCUCAGCAUCGCUCACCCCCCCGCCCGUUCCCCACGCUCGCGUCCGGCGCAGAGAUGGAGCCGAGCAGCGGGCCGCACGGGCCCCGGGGCCCGAUCUGAUCCACGCGUCUCCACAGCCCGGCCUGCUCGCCACCCCCACCAUGCUUGGCCUGUGCCGCCGGCGGGCCCGCAUCCUGCUCGCCACGGCAACGCUCCUCUUCGUGCCCAUGGUCACGUGGCUCUACCUCUUCACAGGCAGCUUUGAAGGUGGGGCCCUGGCCUGGGCCCAGUCCAGCGUCCUGCAGCACGCCGGCAAUCCCCGUGCGGCGCAGGUGGCGCAGGGGGGGACGGGCACGGGCCUCCUGGGCGCUCCGGGGGGGGGCCCGUCCCCCGCGGUGGGAGGAGGCGCCGACGGCGAGAGCCCCGGCGGCUCGGGAGGGGGUCGGCACCGCGGCAGCGGGCGGGCGCUGGAGCUGUGGGCGCGCGAGGUGGAGGAGGAGAACCGGCAGCUGCGCCGCAAACUCGGGCUGGGCGCCGGCGGCAGCAACCGAACCCGCUUCUCCCCCCGCUCGUCGUCGUCCGGCGAGGACGCGGCCAAAGCCGGGACGGGCGCCGGGGGCGGCGCGGCGGGCAACCGCAGCGAGUGCGCGAAGCACCCGGCCGUGCAGAAGUGCGAGGUGAUCCACAUCGCCAUCGUGUGCGCCGGCCACAACGCGAGCCGAGACGUCGUCACCCUCGUCAAGUCCAUCCUCUUCCACCGGAGGAAUCCUCUGCAUUUCCACUUCAUCGUGGACCACACGGCUCAGCACAUCCUCAGCACGCUCUUCAAGAUGUGGAUGGUGCCAUCACUCCGCAUCGACUUCUACGGGGCCGACGAGCUCAAGUCUGAGGUGUCGUGGAUCCCCAAUAAGCACUACUCGGGUAUCUACGGCCUGAUGAAGCUGGUGCUCACGCAGGCCCUGCCGCCCUCGCUCGAGAAGAUCAUCGUCCUCGACACCGACAUCACCUUCGCCACCGACAUCGCCGAACUCUGGGCCAUCUUCCACAAGUUCAAAGGUCAGCAGGUGAUUGGGCUGGUGGAGAAUCAGAGCGACUGGUACCUGGGCAACCUGUGGAAGAAUCACAAGCCCUGGCCAGCACUGGGGCGAGGCUUCAACACAGGCGUGAUCCUGCUGCUGUUUGAGCGGCUGCGUCAGAUGAAGUGGGAUCAGAUGUGGAGACUCACGGCGGAGCGCGAGCUCAUGGGCAUGCUGUCCACGUCGCUCGCCGACCAGGACAUCUUCAACGCGGUGAUCAAGCAGAACCCAGUGCUCGUGCACCAGCUGCCCUGCUUCUGGAACGUGCAGCUCUCGGACCACACGCGCUCUGAGCAGUGCUACAAGGAGGUGUCGGACCUCAAGGUGAUUCACUGGAACUCGCCCAAGAAGCUGCGAGUGAAGAACAAGCACGUCGAGUUCUUCCGCAACCUCUACCUCACCUUCCUCGAGUACGACGGCAACCUCCUGCGCCGGGAGCUCUUCGGCUGCGCCAGCGACGGCGACGCCGAGAGCGAAGCGCUGCAGAAGAAGCUCUCUGAGCUGGACGAGGACGACCUGUGCUACGACUUCCGGCGCGAGCGCCUCACGGUGCACCGCACGCACCUCUACUUCCUGCACCACGAAUACGUGCCCAGCGCUGACGGCACCGACGUCACGCUCGUCGCGCAGCUCUCCAUGGAUCGGCUGCAGAUGCUGGAGACGAUUUGCCGCCACUGGGAGGGCCCCAUCAGCCUGGCGCUCUACAUGUCGGACGGCGAGGCGCAGCACUUCCUGCGCUACGCGCAGGCCUCCGAGAUUCUGUCACGCCGCGACAACAUCGGCUACCACGUGGUGUACAAGGAGGGCCAGUUCUACCCGGUGAACCUCCUGCGCAACGUGGCCAUGGGCCAGGUGAACACGCCCUACGUCUUCCUCUCCGACAUCGACUUCAUCCCCAUGGAUGGCCUCUACGACUACAUUCGGAGGUCGAUCCAGCAGCUGGACAUGGCAAGCAGCAAGAAGGCGCUGAUCGUGCCGGCGUUCGAGACGCUGCGUUACCGCUUCUCCUUCCCCAAGUCCAAGGCGGAGCUACUCUCCAUGCUCGAUAUGGGCACUCUUUACACCUUCCGGUACCACGUGUGGACUCGGGGCCACGCACCCACCAACUACGCACGCUGGCGCACGGCCACCACGCCGUACCGCGUCGAGUGGGAGGCCGACUUCGAGCCGUACGUGGUGGUGCGCAGCGACUGCCCCGAGUAUGACCGCCGCUUCGUGGGCUUCGGCUGGAACAAGGUGGCGCACGUCAUGGAGCUCGACGCGCAGGAGUACGAGUUUGUUGUGCUGCCCAACGCGUUCAUGAUCCACAUGCCGCACGCGCCCAGCUUCGACAUCGCCAAGUUCCGCUCGAGCCAGCAGUACCGUGCAUGCCUCAAGACGCUCAAGGAGGAGUUCCAGCAGGACAUGUCACGCAAGUACGGCUACGCCGCCCUCAAGUACCUCACCGCCGAGAAGAACAGCUAGGAGGAGCGUGCCGUGCAGCGCCGGCGCCCGUGGCAACCGCGUCCACGGUAACGAGGCCCGCACCCGUCAUCCCCGCCGCUCGGCCACGGUGAUUUCAAAGCGGCCGGCGGAUUUCCCGGCCGCGAAGCCGGGAGCGUCGUCGGCGUUCAACGGGGGCGGUGAGCGGCACCGUCAGCCACUCGGCCUGGCCGGCGCGCAGCCGGUGCCCAGCGCGAGACCCCCGGUGGUUCCAGCGCGAGACCCCCGGUGGUUCCAGCGCGAGACCCCCGGUGGUUCCAGCGCGAGACCCCCGGUGGUUCCAGCGCGAGACCCCCGGUGGUUCCAGC